AUGCUCAAGUCUGUAGUUGUCACCGCGGGGCUGGCCGCCGUGGCCGACGCCUUCUGGCGCAUGGAGUGUCAGGGGCGUGUUGGCCUUGCCCGAAUGGACCCGGUCGUUUACCCAGGCGCGGACUCGCCUCACAUGCACGCUAUUCACGGAUCGUCAGGCUUUUCCGAGACCUCUGGUACCCCCGAGCUUCUUGCCGGCAACUGUACAUCAUGUCGUGUCACACAAGACAAGUCUGCCUACUGGCACCCUGCCCUGUACUUUCAAGAUGCCGACACCAAGGAGUACGAGCUGGUUCCUCAAGUGGGCGGUAUGCUUGCCUACUAUCUCCUGUACGGAGACAACAUCAAGGCUUUCCCUACCAACUUCCGUAUGGUAGCUGGCGACACCAAUCGCCGAACCUACACCGCUGGUGAUCCAACCCAGCCUGACCCGGCCAAGUCUCUCUGGGCUUCGUUGGGCCAGACCACCCAGGAUAUCCUGGCUCAGCGCGCCAUCGGCUUCAACUGCCUCAACUACGACAAGGCCCCCGAAGGCACCCUGUAUCGUCACUUUUUCCCCGACAAGGGAUUCCUUGAUGCCAACUGCAAGGAUGGCAUCCGUUUUGAGAUCAUGUUCCCUUCGUGCUGGAAGGGCGGCGAUGCCAUCGACAGCGCCAACCACAAGGACCACGUUGCUUACCCCGAUCUUGUCAUGACCGGCACCUGCCCCGACGACUACCCCGAGCGCCUUCCCAGCAUGCUGUUUGAGAUCAUCUGGAACACCAACGCUUAUGUUGGCCGUGCUGGUCAAUUUGUUCUGUCUAACCAAGACACGACUGGCUAUGGACUUCACGGUGACUUCAUCAUGGGCUGGGACGAAGACUUCCUGCAGCAGGCCGUCGACACAUGCACGAACGCCUCUGGUCUCAUCGAGGACUGUGCCAUCUUUGACGUUGUCGACCAAAGCGUAGCCACGCAGUGCCACCUCGAGGAUAUGCCUGCGCACCUGCUGAAGUCGGACGGCGACGGCAGUGGUCCCUAUGCCAAGCUCCCUGGAAGUGACUCGACCGGCUCCAGCCCUAGCUCUGGCGGUCACGGUCACGGCGCCAGCAACACGGCCACCAAGGCCGCCGCAGCCCCUACUCUGCCCUACCAGCCUGGUGUGACGGCACCUUCCAAGGCCUCUCCUCUCCCUGGACAGGUCUUCAAGGAGGAUGAUGGUGCAUCUGGCUACAACGCUGACGCCUAUGAGCCAGCAGUCACCCCUGCCCCGGGAGUGUCGGCUGCCAAUGUUGAGGCCGAGUUCGUCAGCACUCAGUACAUUACCGUUGGCAACGUCGUCAGCGAGAUCCUCUGGAAGCAGGCUGUUGUCACCAUUACCGAGGAGCCUGAGCCGUCGACGACUGUGACCGUCACCGCAACUGGCCCGCGUCCUGCCAAGUACCGACGCAGCGGCCACGGCCACGGCCACGGUCACGCUCACGUCCAUGGACAGGGUCAGCUCUAA